CCUCCCUGAUUCCCUUUAAUUUCAUUUCCAUCUGAUUAAUUAUAUAUGAUCCCGUGCUGUAUUGUAUCAGUAUUAUAUACAUUUACACACCACUGCACCAUCAUAUAUAUCGCCUUGAAUUCACCUCUGGUUGUAUUGCAGCUCCCCCGUCUCCUGCUCUCCCAUUCCCCCCCACACUGAAGCAGCUGCUGCUUCUGACAAGCAAGCAACAGCGCAACCGCGAGCGGCCGCCAUGGAACUGCCCGUGGCGCUCGCCAUCAUCUUCUUCUGCGUCCUCCUCCUCGCCUCCGCGGCCAUCGCCUGCCUCCUCGUCCGCCACUGCCUCGCCGCCCUCCGCCGCCCCGACGCCGACCCCGAGGCGCCACUGCCCCACCACCACCAGCCGCAGUACGAGCUGGCCUUGUCAUCGGAGUCGCCACCAGCGGCUGCGGCCAAGCAGCAGCAGCAGCAAGCGCCGCGGCGGCUGGCGUGGCGGGAGGUGGAGGCGCUCACCGGCGGCUUCGACGAGGCGGCCGUCGUGGGCCGCGGCGGCUCCAGCAUCGUCUACCUCGCCAGGCUCCGCGACGGCGCGCCCGUCGCCGUCAAGGUGCACCGCUGGUGCGGCGGCGAGAGGCGCCUGCGCGCGUUCCGCCAGGAGCUCGACCUGCUCCGCCGGCUCCGGCACCCGCACAUCGUCGCGCUCCUCGCGUACUCCGACGACCACGAGGAAGGCGGCGCGCUGGUCCUGGAGUACCUCGCCGGCGGCACGCUGGCCGACCGGCUCCACGGCGGCGCCACGGCCCCUCCUCUCUCCUGGCCCCAGCGCAUGCGCAUCGUCCACGACGUGGCCUGCGCGCUGGAGCACCUGCACGACGCCUCCGCCGGCGGCGGCGGCGCGCCCCCCGUGGUGCACGGCGACGUGUCGGCGUCCAACGUGCUCCUCGACGGCCGUGGCCUCGGCGCGCGGCUCUGCGACCUGGGCUCCGCCUGCGAGGGCUUCUCCGCCGCCGUCGCCCCCACGCGCGCCGCCGUGGGCUCGCCGGGCUACGCCGACCCAUUCUUCCUCCGCACCGGCAUCGUGUCCAAGAAGUCCGACGUGUACAGCUUCGGCGUGCUGCUGCUCGAGGCCGUCACGGGCCUGCCGGCCGCCGGCGAGCCCGGGUCGGAGAACCUGGCGGCGAGGAUACUGCCGCGCGUCAGGGCGCGCGGGGUGGCGGGGCUCGUCGACGCCAGGCUAGGGGAAGGGUACGAUGAGGAAGAGGCCGGCGAGGUGGCGAGGAUCGCCGUGGAGUGCGCGGCGGCGCAGCCGGGGCUCCGGCCGGCGAUGGCGCAGGUGCGCGCGUCCAUCGCGGAGAAGGCGGCGAGGUCCAUUGCCAAGGCCGAUCACGGUGACCACCAUAUUCAGCUGAGCAAGCUGUUGGAGCUCACAUGAUUCAGGAUUAUUCUUCGUUCCCAUUUUAAUUUCCUAGCAGCAAAUUGCUUGUUUGUGUCUCUUUUAUCUGUGUGUUUGUUCUUGUAGCAUUAGUACUAGAAUCACCGUUUGGCUGUUCUCGUUGACUAGGGUACAAAGAUCGAUGGCGAGAACUUAGGCUUGUAAGGAAAUGAUUGUGCAUUGGGAGAGGACAGAGGUUGACCAGAGUGAAAUGUAAAUAUGAUGGGAUGGAUUUUUUUUUCAGUAUCAGUAAUUAAAAAGGGUAAAGUUUGUCUGGCC